UUCAAAAACAAACACUGUCGUUGAAACAAAAAAACCAUUGUAGUUAACUAGCCAUCCCAAGCUCAAAAGAUUCCUCCGAUCAUCCACCGCUAUGACCGCCGCAGUGAUCUACUACCUCUCCCAACACCCUUCCAUUGUCACCUUCCGUUGGAGCCACACACAAUCAUGGGGCUCCACCUGGUCAUUCCUAGUCAUCUCCAUUGCUGUUUACCUCGCCCUCUCUUCCCUCCUCCACCUCAUAUUAUCCCUCUUCGUCAAACGUGGCAGCAGGCCGGCCCCACUCGCUCCGGUCCAGGCUCUUCACAGCCUAAUCAUGUCCAUCAUCUCCGCUGUCAUCUUCGCCGGAAUCCUCUUCUCCGCUGCCGCGGAAAUCAACGAAACCAGAUGGUUCUGGCGCCGUUCCAAAACCCCAUUCCAAUGGCUCCUCUGUUUCCCACUCGGAACCCGUCCCUCAGGCCGCGUCUUCUUCUGGUCCUACAUUUUCUACCUCUCUCGCUUCCUCCACAUGCUCCGUACAUUCUUCGUAAUCUUCCAAAAUCGGAAGUUAACCGUUUUCCACCUUUUCAACAACUCCGUAUUGACAAUCAUGUCAUUUCUUUGGCUAGAAUUUUCACAGUCGUUUCAGGUGUUGGCGAUCCUAUUUACCACCCUGGUUUACUCCGCGGCUUAUGGGUAUAGAUUCUGGACGGAAAUAGGGUUACCGAGAGCUUGCUUUCCAUUCGUUUUAAAUUGUCAAAUUGUGUUGUUAAGCUGCAACGUGGUUUGCCAUGUUGGGGUUUUGAUGUUGCACGUCAUGAAAGGUGGAUGCAAUGGAAUUGGAGCCUGGGUCUUGAACUCCGUCUUGAAUGGGAUUAGUUUGUUACUGUUUUUGAAGUUCCAUGUUCAAAGUAGGAAACAAGCUCCGGUUAAGGAAAUUGUCAAAGUUCUAUAAUUAAAUAUCCGAGUAGAUUACUAGAAAACCCUUGUUAUUUUGUAAGAAAAAAAAGAGUGAAAAUAAGGGUUAUAACUGACAUAUAGCAUUAGCUUUAAAUUCUUAAUUAUUUAAUUGUUUUCUGCUUUAAUUUUCACGACAUCUGAUGUGAUGUUACAUUGGAGAACCCACAGUACCAGGUGCUCAUCCUAGGAGUAAUAAUUUGUUGUCACUUUAAGAACCAA